AACAUGGGAAAUAAUGAAUGAACUAAUUUGAGAUUAUUGUAUUCCGGUGCUUACUGCUAAUGCCUAUUGGAAUUCAUAAUUUUAAUAAACUGAUUUCAAAAUGUAAUAACUUAUAACAGCUAUGGUGCACUUGCCCUUCAAAACUGCAAACCACAUUGUUGCUGAUCUUGAAAAAGAGGGACGAGUACUUCAGGAUGUACUACACUCCACAGUUGAGGGCCACAUCAGUCAACUUCCCGAUGAAAUUCUUGAGUGUAUUCUCAAUAAAUUAAAACUUAGGGAUGCAGUUAGAGCAAGUUUGGUAUCAUCAAGAUGGAGGCAUCUUGUUUUGUCCCGGGCUAAACUUGUUUUUGAUUUGUCUAACAUUUUUGAAAUGGAAAGCUGUGACCUCAAGGGAGCUUCAGAAAAGAAAUGUGUUUGUUCGGAAUACAAAGUUAAAUUUGUUCAAGCUGUGUAUCAAUUCAUAGCUUCGUAUAGAGGCAGAUGUAUAAGAAAGUUCAUUGUUCAUUUUUGCCUGAAGAGGCAGUCCACUUCUGAUGUCAUGGAUUGGAUUAGAUUUGCUCUUGAUUUAGGUGUGAAAGCGAUCGACUUGCAGUUUUAUUGUGAACAUUGCAGUGCUAGAGGGGCAUUGUGUGGUACUCUGUGUGAAAUUCCUAUAAAGCAUCUUCUGUCAUCUAAGUGUGAUGCAGGAGAAACAUUUUCUCUCCGUCCAUUCAGCCACGUAGAGGCCCUCAGAUUUGAUCACACUCGCUUGAACUCUCAAUGUAUAUGGAGUUCGCUAUCAACCUUAGUAAACCUCAAGCAGUUGAAAAUGGAAUUUUGCGAAUUGCCUCCCCAUUUAAGCCUCAACUCACUCACCAGUCUAGAGCGUGUCUCGGUUUUGUUUUGCAUCGGGCUGAAAAAGAUUGAACUGGCUAGUCUUAAGAUCAAGAGUUUGAGAUUUGUGUGUGAGAGGACUCUUUCAUUGGAACUAACUGGGGUUCCUAACUUGGAAAUACUCCAGUAUGCAAUGCCUGAGAAUGGCUUGUGGUACAAGUUUUUGAAGCUGCCCGAAUUUGUUCCUCAUUUGAGAGCUUUGAGAUUGGACUUUAGUUCCAACUGGCUUGAACACAUGCCUGAAAGCACGAUUACAUUCUCAAGACUUGGGAUAUUAAACGUGGAGUUGGAUCCCAGAGUGGGAGAUAUCAUGUUUAAGCUGUGUGCCCGAGAGGACAAGGAACCAGAGAAGCUAGAGUCCAUUGAUGAAUACCAUCAUGAAUGUCUCGAGCGGAUUACAAUCCGUGAAUUUGUGGGCACCAAGUAUCAGAUCGAGUCUUGCAAGUAUCUACUCAAACUUGCUCCUCGUGUGAAAAAGUUGGAAUUAGGGCGUGCUUUGCCCGAUACGUUGUCGUGUCUAAAAGAAGCAGGGUGUAGAAGUCAUCCAAUGAGUGAAGAAGAAUGUGAUAGCGUGGUAAAUGCGCUGAAACUAUUUUCAAUUGAUGCAAAGGUGUUCUUCAUCUAAUUUAAAAAAACAUUACAUGCUUAUUGAACUUGAUUAUCUUCUUUUGUUGAUUAUUUCAAUAAUUUACAGUGAAUUUU